UGCUCAUUCCGUUCUUGUGCCUCUGCAAACGUACAUAGUUUGCAAGUAUUAACAAAAUACGAGAAAAGAGAAGAAAAAAAUAAUAAAAAUGUUUCACCAGAAGUUUUUUGCUCAACUUGUGCUGACUUUUCUGUUGUUGCAAAUAAGCCAUGUGCUUUCAGAGUCUGUAGCGAAGAUUAUGAACUCCGAACAUCAGGUGCGUUAUGGAAAUGGCCACAGGUGUUCAGGAGUUUUAAUCUCAAACUUUACAGUUUUGACAGCCGCGUCAUGUCUUUUAAAAGACGAUUCGGGAGAGUUUUACCAAGCCGAUGAACUAAGUGUGGCAAUAGGAAACUUGAACAGAUUUGAAAGAAUUGAUUUGCUGACAUUUGAUUCACCAGUGUCGGCUGUCAAGGUUCAUGGGCGAUUUAACAAGAAAACUUAUUUAAACAAUCUGGCACUUCUCGAAGUUGAUUCGGUUGAAUUUAGUGCACACGUUCUUCCCAUUUUAACGUCGAGUGAAGUCAUUUCCGAUAAUCUUAAUUGUUACGUGCUUGGCUGGCGAAAUUCAUCUUCUGGCCAAUUGACAGAUGAUUUAAUGCGAUUUGAUGCACAAACAAAAACGAGAACAACUUGUGGUCAAAAACUAUUUCCAUUUGCAACAUUUUGUUCGGCGGAUCCGAUGCUCCCACUCCCGAUUCUCGACACAUGUGUGGGUGAGGAAGGUUCAGGGUUAAUUUGUAUGGGUCAGGACAUGUAUGAGCUUAGAGGAAUUGUUUCGAAAACUUGCAAAAUUGGUGAACGCACACAAUACACUGAUGUGUCACAACUUAUCAAUUGGAUUGCGAUAUCACACUUUGAAGAGUCUUUGAAAAUUAUUGAUAACGACCUUCUCAAGUCUGUUGUUAUGUCUUUACUAGACUUAAUCGCUUAUUACAUCAACACUCCAAAAAUAGCCGACGAUUUCGAGAUUAUAAAAUUCUUAUUUUAACUCAUCAUUUUAUCCACAUAGAUAUUUAAACUGUUUUAACUUUCUUUUAAUUGAUGUUUUAUAAAAAGAAUCAUUAAAAGUUUUAAAUAUUCUCAAACACAAAUUUGGAAAAAAA